AUAACCUCAGUACACAACAAAAACACACAAUAACCAUUUAGAAUUUCGUGUGUUCAUGUGUGUCGAAGUUAAAGUUUUGUAACGGAAAGAAAUGAAUAUUCUCACAUUUGUUCUAUCCAUUGGGAUUUUUUCUUUCGCUAGGACUGAUGAUGCAACAUGCUACGAUAAAUUUGAAUAUGUUUUUAAGGUCAUGCAUAGAUUGUCCGAAGUAGAAAAGAAAAUUGAACAUGUUCAGGAAACUAAGCUGGAUAAAGAAGACACUGGAUCUCUAAAUAGCCAAGGAGACACGUUUACAAGAUGGGGAAGGUCUUCUUGUCCAAAUGAAACAAAAUUGAUUUACGACGGUUUUGCUGGAGGCUCUGAUCAUAACGCAAAAGGUGGCGCUGCAAACUAUGUUUGCCUGCAUAAACAGCCAACAUGGAAGGACAAUAAUGUGUAUAAAUCACAAAAUAAUCUAAUGCAUGGGGCCGAGUUUCAGACCAGUGGCACAAACUGGCAGAAGUUUCAUGACCAUGAUAUCCCAUGUGUUGUAUGCAACGUACCUAGCAGCAAUAUUGUCAUGAUCCCUGGCCGAAAUGUUUGUCAUGAGAAACAUUCAUUUCAGUACAGCGGAUAUCUUAUGUCGUGUCACGAUUCACAUCCAUCAGCAACGGAAUUUGUCUGUGUUGAUGAUGAGCCGGAAGUUUUCCCUGAUUCAAGUGCAAACCAUAAUGGCAAACUAUUUUAUUUCGUGUAUGCAAAGUGCGGAUCAUUGAAAUGUCCACCGUAUGAAGAGGGAAAGAAAAUUACAUGCGUUGUUUGCUCAUUUUGAGAAAACGUUUUUAAAGUGUAAUCGUUCAUAUUCAAAUGAUCAGUGACGGGAUUGUAUUGAUAUGUGUUUUUCUGAAUAGUUCAAAUAGUUUGAACAUAAUUUUUUUAAUGAUAUAACAUUAUUAUUAUAUUAAAAAUUGAUAUUCAUCAGAAAAUUGGAUAAGUUCGUGUAUAGUUUAUAUACAGUGUUUAACAAUCGGUAUAUCAAUUAAAAAGCAGAUACAUUUUACAAACUCUAUCAUUAUUUCGAAGAUUUAUGUAUAAGAACAAGAUAAGUCUUGUAAAAACACAGAUAUUUAUUUUGGUUAUGUAUUUAAAAAAUAUCAAUCAUUAUUUGAACUGUUGAUAUAAUGUACAAGUAUUUACCCUAUAAUACAUAAAAGCUUUGUUUAUAUAUAUUUAAUACUCUUGAGAUGCUCAUGAAACAUUUUAUGUUUAUCUUUGUAACACGUACCUUUGAAAUAAUUAUGUUGAAAUUAACGUAUUAAAAUAUUAUGCCACUGUUAUUAAUGUAAAAAACAUUUAUGUACAGCCAACCAAUCUGAAACUUGCGACUAUUUUGUCUAUAUACCUAAGUUAUUUUAUGCUUGUAUUUAAAGCAUGUUAUCAGCAUGGAAAUUAUGUUUAAUUAUUACAGAAACUACUAGACAUGUAGACAUGAUCACAAUGUUUUACCUGGGUGUUUACUUUUCAGAUAUUUCUAAUAUUUUGAGUCUUCACAUUUGACAUUGAUUCACCACAAUGCGGCUGCAUAGUUUUUGUCACAACAUUUCAGUACCUUAAAUAUUCUAAAUAGAAACAUAAUAUUGUUUUUUAAAAAUAUUCUUAAAAUUAUUUACAGUUCAGAUUUCAUCUAUUCCACUUGAAUAUUGGCUUCAGCAAGUUUUAUCAUUUUAUAUAAUAAUAUUUCCUAUAUUGAUUGUAAUUGUAUAUCAGUUUUGUGCUUGGCAUGUUGCAAUUAUGAUUACAUUAUAUUUAAAAAAUCACCAAAAUUUACAUAUGUUUGCAUUACUCUUUCAUUUAAGCUCUUAUAUAUUUUCAAUGUACAAUAGUCGUGAUUAUAUGACAUACGUAAUUCAUAGGCUUUAACAGGAAGUAGAAAAUACAGUUUUAAUUGAUAUAAAUUUUAUAAACUUUUAAUUGUAAUUUGUUAAUGACUCGAUAGCCGAUAUUUAUAGAAUACUCGAAACAGUUUUUGAAACAUGAAAUUUUAAAUUUGUACAGGAUUAUGAAAAACAAAUUCACAAAAUGUACAUUUGUUUCCCGCGUUUUGUACUUACGUAAAACAUAAUAUACUUUUUCUAAUCAGA